UACGUAAUUUUAAAUAAAGCCCCUCAAAUUUAAAAACCGAGAUAGCCGUUACAAGGAGCGACUCUGCCCCCCAUGUGCCUAUUAAUAAGAAUCUCCACAAUCUCUCUGAAUCCCAACUUUCUCUCUCUCUCUCUCUCGCUCUCGCAAGUGUGGGUUUCCAUGGCGGCAGACCAGAACAUGAGUUUAUCGAUUAUGGAGCAGAAGACGAGGCAUCCUCUUCACCAGAUCGCGGAUGCGCCCACUCACAAGCUUCUCCUCAAGCAAUGGCUGAAAGAAGAAGAGCUCAUCCUCAAUCGCGCCUCUCACAAGGAAUCUCAGAUCGACUCGGUUCGCAGGGAGAUAACGCUGCUCUACAUCUUCUUCUUCCUCUUCCACUCCAUCUGCCUGCUGCUCCUCUUCCAAGCCUCGGCGGGAGAAGCGCCGCUCCGGUGCGGGAGAUCGUGGAUUCCGUCGGUGUGCUCGCUGAUGUCGUCGCUGGGGAUAAUAUGGGCAGUAAGGUACAAAUCGGAGGAGGAGGCGCAUCUGGAGAAACUGCUGGAGAGGGAGAAGGAGGACGGGCAGCUGAUGAGGAAGUGCGUGGAGGAGCUGAAGAAGAAAGGAUUGGAGUUCGAUUUGCUCAAGGAAGUGGACGCGCUUCGGCGAGCCAAGAGCCUGAGGGUGGAGAGGAAGCCGGUGAAGAAAUGGUCUGCUAGGGAUUUCGUCACGCUCUUCUUCUUCACUGUUUCGUGUUUGGUACUCGCUUUGACUCGGCUGAUUCUAUGCGAGUAGAGUAGACGUCGCUCUUCUUUUCUUUGUGCGCAAAUUGAAGCUGAUUCCGCAUGAAUUAUUCCAAUUCAUGAAUCCAGCACAAGUCUAAUCAGAGUUUUACGACA